CCAACACAAUUCAGAUAAUAUAUACCUAGCAGCAAAACUAGUCAACAUGCAAAGGAAGCUUGGAUUUCAACAGCAAUGCUAUGGCGAUGAUGGCAUGUGGAUGGAUACUCAGGCUCAGCAGCAUAACUAUGCCUUCCAUGAAGAGUCUUGGAACUCCGAUAACAACUACCACAAGCAAUUCCCAGGCAUGAUGCACAUGAAGCCUGGUGCUUUUGCUAUGGAGUCUGAUCAGUUCUCAAAACAUCAUGGCAAGUUAGGAGGAUCAAGCCAUGGCAUGUUUCAGGAAAUCAGGCCAGGUGGCCAUGGCUAUGGUCAUCAUCAUCAUGUGCAUGGUGGCGGCAAAAAUUUCCCUCAUGGAGUUGCUAACGCGACUCAUCAUUUCUCAAACGGCGGUGUCAAGUUCAAGUCCGGUGGCCACCACCAUGAUUAUUUGGCGGAGGAGUCAGAGUAUGAAGCUUAUGGUGUGGAGCAUCAUGGUGCAGCCCCAGCGAGGAUUGAUGAAAUGAGAUACGAGCGUCAUCAUAACUAUGGUGGUGAUCAUGGCUUCUAUGCCAAUCCAUAUGACAGGAAAAUGCAAGGGAAACCCAACAAGGUUGAAUGGACAGCAAAAGGGGUCUAAUAUAUGCCCAACAUGCAUGUAUAACGUACCAGCUGCUUCCUCUUGAUCCUUGUUAGUUCCUAUUAAUGUUACAACAAUAAUAAAACGUGUGCUUUCUUGUUUU